ACCAGAGACCUUCUCCAAUCGAUACGCGAGAGAGAUCAGAGAUGAGAGAUGAGUGGAAGAAAUGCUUGAUAUAUGUAGAUAUUUUUUAUUGUUCCACGUUAGAACAUAAAAAUUAAAGAAUUAGAAGAAAAACACGUUAUAAAUACAGACAAACAGUGCGCAAUGAAUACACGAAAAAGAAAGAACAGAUAUGUCGCGAAUCGUCACGAUUAUAAGAAACGUAAACACGUUGCGCUGGAACCCGGGAUGACGGGUUUCCUAUGCACGUGCAACGUAUACGAAAGAGGCUGCAUUACUGAUGCCUACAGAUUACUCAAUCUGUUUGCGGAUGAAAAAUCUGCAUCAGACAUAAAUAAGGAAUCUGAAACGUCACGAAGCACACGAAACACACUCGUGGAUGAGGAAGGUGAAAAAUCUUUAGAGGAUACCGACGAAGAUGAAGAUGUGUCGACAGCUCUAGAGAAAGAAAUCACGGAGCUCAGAACAGAGAGUGAGCGGCCGUUGCCUUCUCGAAAAUUUCAAGUAUAUUUGUGUCCGACGUGUUGGAUUAAUCGUGGCGUAGUAAACGUCGUUCCUUUGACGAGUACCUUACCAAAUCCAUUAGAGUUGGUUACCAAAAUUGUCUCCAAGUUGGACACAACUAAAGAACAAUGUACCAGAUACUUGUUGAGAUUACUUCCAAUUGAAGUUGUAUGCAAAGCAUAUAUGGACAAUAUAAAGGUGAGAGCGAGUGACGUAUUUGAAAAGUAUUUUGCCCAAGAACCCAAGACAUUCAGCAUUGUAUUCAAGUACGAAUGUUCUAGUCGACGCAGCAAUAACAGCAUUAAAAGGGAUGAGAUUAUCGAGGAUUUGGCAGAAAUAAUACUAAGGAAAAAUCCGGGUAAUAAAGCAGAUUUGAAAAAUCCAGACAUAGCUGUGAUUGUUGAAGCGAUACGUGGGAUUUGCUUACUUUCUAUCGCUCCCAACUACUACAAAUUUAAGAAAUAUAAUCUUGUCGAAAUAUGCAAGAGUACAAAGAUCAAGUCAACUCCCAAGGAACAAGUAGCAGAGUGUGCGAGUGAAGAAAAUUCGGGAGAUAAUAAUCGUAAAGAUUCAGAUACAACUACGUAAACUACAAAGAAACGAGCCAAGUAUACUGCUAAUGAUAAAAAUUUGGAUACACAACGUGAAGAAAAAGAACACAAGUCAACCAAGCUCCAUGCUUCAGAUAGAUUUGUUUGUAAUAUAUAAAAUAUUUAUACAUAGUGACUAUUUUAUAUUUUGUAAAGAUACGCAAACUAUAAAUAAAUGUCGCAUAGAACGUACAUACGAUGUGAAAUAAUUUUA